AUGUCUAGAAGAAUUAUCCCUCUUCUCAAUAGAAUUAUUAUUCAGAAAGUAGAAGCUCCUAAUAAAACAGCAGGAGGCAUUCUUUUACCUGAAAAGAAGGACAACGACACUCAAAUUGGAACUGUAAUUGCAGCUGGACCUGGAGCCAUGUUUGAAAAUGGACGAACACGUGAGACUGUGGUCAGACAAGGCCAAAAUGUUUUGCUCCCAUCAUACAGUGGCCAAGAAGUCGAUAUUGAUAACGAGAAGUUUUACAUCUACAAGGACACAGAAAUUCUAGCAAUCCUCGAUUAA